GCUCCUACUGAUUGUAGGACAGGGUGGGGCAGACAUGGCUGAGAAGGCCAGGGGUGAGGAGGUGAGGGGUGAGGCCAGGGUUGGAGACGGUCAGGCAGCAGUGGAGCUGCUGGACUGGUACGAGCUGGACCAAGAGCUCAUUAUAGUUCUGGAGAGGCCUGUACCCGCCCUGGAACUGUUUGACUAUAUCCAGGAGAGAGGAGGAUAUCUCCCCGAGGAUCAGGCCAAGAUCAUUCUGAGGCAGCUGGUUGAGGCCAUGGUCAAUUUUCACUCUUGGGGUGUCCUCCACCGUGAUAUUAAGCCAGAGAACCUUCUGGUGGAGACCGGUUCUGCAGUUCCACGGAUUAGGGUUCUGGACUUUGGCUGUGGCUGCAUUAUCCAAGAAGCACCCUACACCGAGUUCCUUGGGACCAAAAUGUACAUCCCUCCUGAAUGGUACCUCCAUGGUUCCUACCAGGCGGUUCCAUCCGCUGUCUGGCAGCUGGGGGUACUGUUAUAUAACGUGCUGUCUGGGAUAUUCCCCUUUCGCACACCCGACCAGAAUGCAAGAACCUGCUGA